UGUACUCUACUAUACUAUGGUCAUACCAUAUCAAUGGGUCAGGGACAGGAAGUACAUGCCAGACGACUCCUCCAACAAUGCCAGACUCAGGGUGGUUGGGUAUUAUUACAGAAUGGCCACUUGGCAUUGGAUUUCAUGGAUGAGCUACUCAACACUAUAGUUGAGACACAGUUGGUCCAUGAGACCUUUCGGCUGUGGAUGACAAUUGAAAUACAUCCCAAGUUCCCUAUUAACCUCCUUCAGAUUUCUAUCAAGUACACGUUUGAGCCUCCCCAGGGGGUAAAGGCUGGACUCAAGAGAACAUAUUCUAGCAUGACGCAGUGUUGUUCUCCACAAUGAUGUGACUCGAAUGAAUAAAGAAGAUGUGACCACCCCUCCUCAAGAAGGUGUGUACAUACAGGGUCUAUUUAUGGAUGGAGCUGGUUGGGAUCGUAAGAACUCCAAGCUUGCUGAGCCCACCCCUAAAGUGCUUUAUGUCACCAUGCCUAUUAUUCAUGUAUAUGCCAUCAACACCAAAGGGGCAAAGGAUCCUAAACUAUACGUGUGUCCUGUGUAUAAGAAACCCCGUCGUACUGAUCUAACUUUUAUUACCGCACUCUAUUUAAAAACCACUCAGAAUCCAGACCACUGGGUGAUGAGAGGUGUAGCUCUCCUUUGUGAUAUUAAAUAACUUUGUAUUAUUAAGUUUAUUGUAGAGACUUAUUAUUUUAGUGCUAGUGUAUGGUACACAUAUAAUAACUUAUUGUAGAACUGUCAUUUUUGAAUGGGCAUGAUCCAUUGUGUUUCAUUUUGAUUGCCUUGUUUUGGAGUUUGCAUUUGCAGAGCUGCUGGUUAUUUCAAUUAUAUAAUUUCACUAAAAA